AUGGCAUCCGGUGAGAGUCCCCCAGUACUCGAAACCCUGCCCAGUGAAAUCCGACUUGAUAUUCUAUGUAUCUUACCGUAUGACAGCUCUCAAGCACUCAUUAUGGCGUCUCCGGUAUACUUCAAGACAGCCCUUGAGUAUCGCGAUCUAAUAAGACGCCAAAAUGGCGCCGCGUCAGUGGAAGCCUUCACCCUCGAAGCUGAGGCAGUUUACUGUGCUCGCCGCAUGAGGCUCUCCGAGGCAUACACCCAGGAUGGACCUGACAGCGAUCCCGGAUACUACACAGAAUCCUAUCCACCCAUGCAUGCAUCCAGCCACUACACCAUGGAGACUAUUUCCAGGUUUGCCGUGUCGUAUAUGCGAGACCGAAAAUCGAAUCGAAAGGUCUUAUCGUUCGCCUCACACACGGGGGAGCAGCGCCGGCAAAUGGUUGAUUUCCAUAUGUCGACCAUUAUGCCGAUUGCGCGUCGCUUUACGCAAUCGGCCCUGAAGAACUUUGCCGGCCAGCCAGAGGCACAGAGCUCGUUUGUUCACGAACCGAUCACUACAACAGAGGAGUACCGAAUUGUUCGCGCUGUCUAUAGAUUCGAGCUUUGUUGCCAGCUUUUCGACGACCGUGCACCCGACCUCGAAGUAGUAGCACGGAACAAGCAUGGCAUUGACCUUGCUACUAUGCUACAGCUCCUACAUACUAUGUUUCACCCCUGGGAGGUCGAAGAAAUCCUGUGUAUCAAUGGAUUUCUUGAAAUCAAGUACAACGAUAUUUUUGACGUUGCUACCUGGGACUUUGACCGGAAUAAACCAAAGUUUGGUUACGCGCCUAAUAUGUCUUGCACUGACCCAUUGUCCAGGCUGAGUCGACACUCAUAUCACAGGGACUACUACUUGUGUGGAACCCUAACGCGCGGUCUCGGUCUACUACAACGGGCUCUUUCUGCGAUGGAGCAGAAUCACGACCAGCAACUUGUGGAGAUAAUAAAGAAUGAGAUGCGCAUCGAACCGAUUGGCUUUCUUGGCACGUAUAGCGGUGCCGUGACCGAGAUAUGCAAGAACGCACUCCGAGCUCGUAGGGGGCUCUCUGAACAAGACUUGAAGAGAGAACGGCGUGAUCCCUUUCCUUUCCGCGGCGAUAUUAUACCCGAUCCCAACGCAGAGUUUCCGCCCCUGGCCUGGACCAUAAUAUGGAAAGACACCUACAGCAAUGUGGUCGGGGAUGCGAUCCCGUACAGAAUGCGGUAUUGGGGCUAUGUUAUGUGGGACGCAGAGCGUAUCACGAAGGCCGGGGGAAAGGAAAUACUGCAGCGGCAGUCGCGCGGGAUUCGGGGCUAA